UUAGCUCUAUCAAAAAUGGCGGCUAGUGUGAAUGGAGUUCUUGAAAAAUCACUUGCUGAUAAUAUAAAAACAUGUAAAUUGUUAAUGGUUGGUGCCGGUGGUAUCGGCUGUGAACUGCUUAAAAACCUCGUUUUAACAGGCGUCACAGAUAUACAUAUGAUUGACCUUGACACAAUAGAUGUCAGUAAUCUCAACAGACAGUUUUUGUUUCGUAAGGAACAUGUUAAAAAAUCAAAAGCUCAGGUGGCCAAGGAGAGUGCUCUUAAGUUCAACCCAAAAGCCAACAUUGUUGCUGACCACAACAGUAUCUUUAGCUCAGAGUAUGGUGUAGAUUUUUUCAAGCAGUUUACUAUGGUUCUCAAUGCCUUAGAUAACAGAGCUGCUCGUAACCAUGUGAACCGCAUGUGUCUGGCUGCAAAGAUACCAUUAGUAGAGAGUGGAACAGCUGGUUAUCUUGGACAAGUUACUGUUAUCAAAAAGGGUGAGACGGAAUGUUAUGAAUGUCAGCCAAAACCAACACAGAAAACAUUCCCCGGAUGCACUAUUAGGAACACCCCUUCCGAACCCAUCCACUGUGUUGUAUGGGCCAAACAUUUAUUUAACCAGCUGUUUGGUGAAGAUGACCCAGACCAAGAUGUGUCUCCAGACACAGCAGAUCCAGAGUUGUCUGCUGAAGCUGGACAGACUGCCCUAACUACUGAAGCCAAGAAAGAUACUGUGGGUGGCAUUGAACGCAAGUCUACUCGUGCAUGGGCCAUGGAGACUGGCUAUGAUCCACAGAAAAUCUUUAACAAGUUAUUCAGGGACGACAUAAAAUACCUUCUCUCUAUGGAGACUUUGUGGAAAAAACGUCGACCUCCACAACCUUUGGACUAUGACAAUUUACCAGAGAAAGUGGAGAGCACUGGUACUUCAGUUAUGAGGGAUCAGCGUGUCUGGCCUGUGCAGGAAUGUGCUGAAGUGUUUGGUAAAUGUUUAGAAGCUCUCAAGGGAAACCUGGCUCAGCGAGGAGAGGGAGGCACACUUGUCUGGGACAAGGAUGAUGACAGCUGUAUGGACUUUGUCACUUGUGUUGCUAACAUCAGAGCUUGUGUUUUUGGAAUCCCUCUCAAAUCCAGAUUUGAUAUUAAAUCAAUGGCUGGCAACAUUAUUCCUGCUAUUGCCACAACCAAUGCCAUUAUUGCUGGUCUCAUAGUGAUGGAGGCCCUUAAGAUUCUUUCUGGCAAUAUAUCCAAAUGUAAACAAAUCUACCUGAACCGCAUUCCAAAUGACAGAAAACGUCUGCUGGUACCUUGUGCACUAGACCCACCCAACCCUAAAUGUUACGUGUGUUCUGAAAAACCUGAGUGUACUGUUGUCCUUAACACCACAAAAACAACUGUCAGGAUGCUACAGGAUAAGAUUCUCAAAGGUCACUUAAACAUGAUUGCACCAGAUGUUGAAAUUGAUGAUGGUAAAGGAACCAUUAUUAUUUCCUCUGAAGAAGGAGAAACAGAUGAAAACAAUGAUAAAUUUUUGAGUGACUUUUCUAUAAUUAACAACACAAGACUGAAGUGUGAUGACUUCCUUCAGAACUAUGAACUCAACAUCACUAUUGUUCAUGUAGAGAAGCUAGACAAAGAAAAAGAGUUUGAAGUUGUAGGAGACCUCUCACAGCUACAACCCAAGGAAGAGCGCAACGGAACUGCCAGUAAAAAUGGAGAAUCUUCUAGAGCCAAGGCAGAUGAAGAUGAUGAUUUGGUGCUGAUGGAGGAUCAAGAGGAUGAUGAGAUGCCAGAGCAAAUUUCUCCAAACACUGGCAGGAAGCGUCCAGCUGAAUCUAAUGAUGAGGAUUCCAUUAUUAAAAGAAAGAAGCAAGAGUUGGCUGGUGGAGACAGUGGACAGAGUGAUCAUGUUAUAGAAAUAUUAUAGUCGUUAUGUGAACAUGCUACAGACAUCACUACACCACUGCCCUUUUUUUAUCGUUUUCUUUGGUGUAAUUUUUUUCUAGCGUGUUUACUAAAUUUGAAGAAAAAAAACUAAUUCUCAAAAUUUGAUCAAGUUUAGUUGACUUUCCCCAGAGUGAACCUCAAAGAUUUCAGUUUUAGAUUCACAAGAGCUAGUUCAGUAACAAUGUUAACUACUAAUCAUAUCUGUAGCCUGAGUUAGGCUAUUGUCUAAGAUGUUAUCAUUUUUCUUGUUUGCAUAUUCAACUCAUUUAUUAAUUCAAAAUGUUGGUAGUUUGGUGAUCUACACAACUACUUUAAUUUUAUUUUUAACAGUAGAAAAAAAUUCCUGUCAUAAUCAUAUUCGUUUAAGAAUAUUUUUAUACAUCCCAGUUGUAAAAUGUUAAAUUGCUUUUAUAAUAAAAAGUACUUUCGUGUUUCGUCCAGAAUUUUAAAAAACAAUAGAUAAAUUUCAUGUAUUACUUUUGUUGUUGCUGUAAAAUUCUGUAGAAUUUGAUAAGAAAAUUUUUGGUUGGCGCAGGAAGUCCAACAUUAGAACAUUAAUUUUCUACCCUACGUUUUGCUGGUUGUGUACAGGUUGGAAAUCAACAAAACUGAAUAUAUUUUUCAGGGACCAUUUACAUUUUUUAAUUUUAGUAAAAUAUUUUGAUCUGAUACAUUUUUGUUACUAACAUAAGCUACUCUGAAGAACUUCUGAACUAUUUUCAUUAAACAACAAAUUAGCACAGUAAUUUGUUGAAAAUUAUGUUUUCUGCGGUCUGUUAUUUUCAACUAAAUAAUUGAGGUUUGAGCAAUGUGUCCAUACUUUGUUACAACUGUAAAUCAACCAUUUUUUUCUUCUUGUUAUUCAUAUCAAAUUGAUUAAUUUUUGUACUCUCUCCAAUCAUGUUAUUAAAUAUUGUGCUGCA